AUCGCUGAGCAACUGCGCCUCCGUAACACGAUGCAGCUCCAUGAGAUUCAUCGCAACGGCAGUCUUCGUCCGUCCUGACAGCGUGAGGCAGCAUUCGUUUUCAGCACCGGCCGACGUCCAAUCAGCUACGACCAUGAGUCUCGUACGGUUGCUCUACAUGGCCAUUGCCGGCGGCGGUCCACUCGGCUGGCUCGCCGUGGCGGCAAGCCCGGUCGCGGGACAGCCGCGCACGGAGGAGCGCCGAGCUACGGGCUGCGGCUAUCGAUCGUGCACGCCGAGCCAUCCGGACAGGCUCAACAUCCACUUGGUCGCCCACACGCACGACGACGUCGGCUGGCUCAAGACGAUCGACCAAUACUACUACGGGGAGAAAAUGUAUAUCCAGCGCGCCUCCGUCCGAGACAUCAUCGACAGCGUGGUCGACGCCCUCGUCAAGGAUCCCAAGCGCAAAUUCAUUUACGUGGAGACGGCUUACCUGUGGAAAUGGCUGAGCCUGCAAAACGAGACGCGGCGCGAGGCCAUGAAGCGGCUGGUCGCCGAGGGCCGCCUCGAGAUCGUCGGCGGCGGCUGGAGCAUGAACGACGAGGCCACCACCCACUACCAGUCGAUGAUCGACCAGUUCACUUGGGGCUUCAGACGUCUGAACGACAGCUUCGGCGAGUGCGCCCGGCCGCGGGUCGGCUGGCAGAUCGACCCGUUCGGGCACUCGCGCGAGCAGGCCUCCGUGUUCGCCCAGCUGGGCUUCGACGGGCUGCUCUUCGGGCGCCUCGACCACCAGGACAAGCGCCAGCGGCUCCGGGACAGGAGCAUGGAGUUCGUCUGGCGAGCGAGUCCGAGUCUGGGGCGCGCCGCCGACAUAUUCGCGAGCGCGCUGUACAAUCUUUACCAGCCACCCGACGGCUUUUGUUUCGAUGUUUUAUGCGGAGGCACGCCGCAGAUCAAUGACCAGCCCAAAUCGCCGACUUACAAUCUUGAUCGCCGGGUCGCCGACUUUCUCGAGUUCGUAGACCAGCAGUCGCAGUACUACCUCACGAACAACCUUAUUCUCACAAUGGGCGGAGACUUCACCUACCAGGAUGCCGAACUGUACUACACCAAUCUAGACAAACUCAUCAGGGGGAUAAACAAGCUCAACGGCACGCGCUACAAAGCCUUCUACUCGACGCCCUCGUGCUACCUGAAGGCCGUCAACGAGCGGAACCUCAGCUGGCCGACCAAGAGCGACGACUUCUUCCCGUACUCCAGUGACCCGCAUGCCUUCUGGACGGGCUACUUCACCUCCAGGCCCACGCUCAAGUACUUCGAGCGAAUGGCCAACAAUCUGCUGCAGGUGGUCAAGCAGCUGAGCGUGCUGAGCGGCGCGCCCGACAGCCCCGAGCUGCAGCGCUUCCGCGAGGCCAUGGGUGUGAUGCAGCACCACGACGCCGUGACCGGCACCGAGAAGCAGCACGUGGCCGACGACUACGCGCGCAUACUCCACCGGAGCGUGAACGACGGCGAGCGCCUGGCCGGCGAGGCCCUACGCAAUUGGACCAGCAAGGGGACCGCCAGCGGCGAGCCGUGCCCGCCGGUCCAAUUCCACUCGUGCCUCCUGCUCAACGUCAGCUCGUGCGAGCACAGCAGCGACCACUCGAGCUUCGUGGCCACGGUGUACAACCCGGGCAGCCAGCCGCUCAACGUCUACGUGCGCCUGCCGGUCGCCGGCACGCAGUUCAGCGUCAAGGACUUCAGCGGCAAGGAGAUCGUGAGCCAGGUGGUGCCCAUACCCGCGCAGCUGUCCAAGCUGCCGGGCCGCUCGAGCAGCGCCACGCGCGAGCUGGUCUUCCGCGCUAGCGACGUGCCGGCAAUGGGGUAUCGCUCUUUUCACGUAGCGACCCGAGACGAGGCAGCCGCCGACGUCGACGUCAGCCGCUUCCCGCUCGAGAUAGGCAAUCAGAUGUACCAGGUGCGCGUGGACGAGCGGACGAACAACGUGGUGGUGCGAGCGCCGGCACUGGGGAUCGAGUACGCGCAGUCGUUCGAGUACUACGAGAGCGCGAGCGCAGCCGCGGGUGCUCGCGACCAACCGUCCGGAGCCUACGUGUUCCGGCCUGCGGCCAACACUAGCAGCAAGCGACUGCGCGCCAGCAGUUGCGGCUCACGGCUCGUCAGAGGACCCCUCGUCGAGGAGAUCCACCAGGUGAUCAACGACUGGGUGAGCCAGGUGGUGAGGGUCUACAAGCACGAGGAGCACGUGGAGUUCGAGUGGCUGGUCGGACCGAUCCCCGUCGACGACGCGGUCGGCAAGGAGGUGGUGGUCAAGUACGCGAGCAACCUGCGCAGCAGGGGCGAGUUCUACACGGACAGCAACGGGCGCGAGAUGCUGAAGCGCCGGCGGAACCACAGGCCCAGCUGGGAGGUGGAGCUCGAGGAGGAGAUCGCCGGCAACUACUACCCCGUGACGGCGAAAAUGAGCAUCGAGGAGGCGCGGAGCCGGCGCCGCCUGAGUGUGCUCAACGACCGCGCCCAGGGCGGCUCGAGCCUCCGGGACGGCGAGCUCGAGCUGAUGGUACACCGGCGCACGCUCAGCGACGACGGCCUCGGGGUGGGCGAGCCCUUGAACGAGAAGGCCUACGGCAGCGGCUUGGUGGCUCGAGGUCGUCACCUCGUCCUGGCCGGCGGCCCGCGGGAGCGCGACCGGGCGCUCUUGCGAGAGAAGCGCCAGGCGGCCGGGCUGGCGCUGCGAGCCUGGACCUUCGUCGCGCCCACGACGCGGCGCUUCCGUCAGUGGAGUCGGCUGCACCGGACGACCAGCGGGCCUGUGAUCGGGCGGCUGCCCGACAACGUCCGCAUCCUCACCCUGGAGCCCUGGGAGGGCGGCCAGGUCCUGCUGCGACUCGAGCACCUGUUCGAGCGCGACGAGUCUCCCGAGUACUCGCGCUCGGCCCGGGUCGACAUCGACGAGCUCUUUCCGGAGUGGCGCGUGCUAGCUGUCCGCGAGACGACGCUGGGUGCGAACCAGUACCCGGGGCGAGUGCGGCAUCUCUCGUGGACAGCCGCGAGCCAGCGACACUCGCACGGGGGCGCUCCGGCGGCUGACACUGGCAGCUUCGCGGUCAGCCUCAAGCCCAUGGAGAUUCGAACGUUUCUGCUGAAGCUUGCUGGCAGCGCUGCCGAGCUCUAACUACAAUUGUGGGCCGGUUCUUCGCGGGGCUUCGCAAUAAACUUGGACAACUGUAACUCGACUCG